GGAAUCUGUGAUGCAAGGGGUCACUUUUAGGGUGAGGGUGGGUGACAGCAUCAGAACCCGCAGAGCUCUGAGGAAUAAACAGCCCACGGAGUCGGGGAUUCUGGAGGAGCUGGGAGUGUGUGUGUGUGGGGGGGUAUGCUGGGAACCCCAAACCCAAGAAGGGGCGUUCUCCUGCUUCCCGGGAGUGGGUUCUUCGGAUCCUCCCGCUUGGCUCUCCCCAGGGCAGCAGCUAAAGUGCCGGGGGCGGUGGGGGGCUGACUCUCGUGGGGGCCUCUCAGCCCGGGAUCCCCGGCCCUGCCCCUCUGCUCCGCCCCACCCCGCGCGGGAGCGGCCCCCGAGCUCCCCGGAGCGCUCCGCUCGCGGCGGGCGGGAGCAGACCAGACUGAGCGGCCCAGCCCGCGCCCCGCCCCACCGCUCCGGAGGCCGCCCGCCGCCCACCCUCCGCCCGCAGCCGGACCCCGCCGCAGCGCCGGGUCCCCUCCUCGCCGGCCGGGGCUGCAGAGGCCGGUGCGGGCCCACAUCACCAUGCGGGGCGAGCUCUGGCUGCUCGUGCUGGUGCUCAGGGAGGCUGUCCGGGCGUCCAGCCCCCAGCCUGGAGCAGGAGGACAACCAUAAUUAUUAUGUGUCCCGUCUGUAUGGCCCCAGUGAGCCCCGAAGCCGGGAGUUGUGGGUGGAUGUGGCCAAGGCCAACCGCAGCCAUGUGAAGAUCCACCGAAUCCUCUCCAACACCCACCGACAGGCUUCAAGAGUGGUGCUAUCAUUUGAUUUCCCUUUCUAUGGGCAUCCUCUUCGGCAGAUCACCAUAGCAACCGGAGGCUUUAUAUUCAUGGGGGAUGUGAUCCACCGCAUGCUCACAGCUACUCAGUAUGUAGCCCCUCUGAUGGCCAACUUCAACCCUGGCUACUCCGACAACUCCACAGUGGCCUACUUUGACAAUGGGACAGUCUUUAUUGUUCAGUGGGACCACGUUUACCUCCAAGGCCGGGAGGACAAGGGCAGCUUCACCUUCCAGGUGGCUCUGCACCGUGAUGGCCGUAUUGUAUUUGGCUACAAAGAGAUCCCUAUGUCCGUCCUGGAAAUCAGCUCCUCCCAGCAUCCUGUCAAAGCAGGCCUUUCAGAUGCCUUCAUGAUCCUCAAUCCGUCCCCAGACAUCCCAGAAUCUCGGCGGAGGGCUAUCUUUGAAUAUCACCGUGUGGAGUUGGACCCCAGCAAGGUGACCAGCACAUCUGCUGUGGAGUUCACCCCAUUGCCAACCUGCCUGCAGCAUCAGAGCUGUGACACCUGCAUGUCCUCAGACCUGACCUUCAACUGCAGCUGGUGCCAUGUCCUGCAGAGAUGCUCCAGUGGCUUUGACCGCUACCGCCAAGAGUGGCUGACCUACGGCUGUGCCCAGGAGGCUGAGGGCAGGACGUGUGAGGACUUCCAGGAUGAGGACCACUACUCCUCUUCCCCAGACAGCUCCUUCAGCUCCUUCAGCCCCUUUGAUGGAGACCGAACCACCACCACCUCCUCCUCCCUCUUUAUCAACAGCCUCACCACAGAAGAUGACACCAAGCUGAAUCCCUAUGCAGGAGGAGAUGGCCUUCAGAACAACCUGUCCCCCAAGACAAAGGGGCCCCCUGUGCACCUGGGCACCAUUGUGGGCAUUGUGCUGGCAGUCCUCCUGGUGGCGACCAUCAUCCUGAUUGGGAUUUACAUCAACAGCCACCCCACCUCCAACGCUGCUCUCUUCUUCAUCGAGCGGAGACCUCACCACUGGCCGGCCAUGAAGUUCCGCAACCACCCCAAUCAUUCCACCUACACUGAGGUCGAGCCUUCAGGCCACGAGAAGGAGGGUUUCGUGGAGGCUGAGCAGUGCUAAGAGCACCAGGCCUCCUCCUCGGAGGGAAGGAAGGAAGCAAGUCAAAGUCAAACAGCCUCCUCUGGACACACUCGGACUGGAAGAAGCGAUGUUCUGCGGUGCCAGAGCUCCAGUCUGGACGUCACAGCCCAGACGGUGAAGCAGGGGACAGAAAAACAGCCGCACUAAGUUGUUCAGGAACAAUCACCUACUUUCAUCCUGUCUUCAGACAAGAGGUCUUCUGUUGGGGUCUCUCAAUGGUCUACUCUGUUGCUGUCUCAGAGACCCCCUGUCACCCAGAAGUGGCCAGAUGAUCCACUGCUGGUCAGCUGAGGUCCCUCUAUCUGACACUGACAACUAAACUCUAGAUUGGGGUCACAGCAUUCCAGGGUCCAUAGUCUCCAGAGCUGGUCCUCAUGCUAUGGACUCCGCACAACUAGCCCAGUUUCUGUGACUCUGAAAAUUUGAAGAAGGACUUCCCUCUACCUGUUAAAACCAGGUAUAGGUGAUCUCGGUCCUUGUAUGUGCUGUUGAGUGGCAUGUUGUCAUCAGAGGAAAGCUAAUGAGAGCAAAGGGGAAUUAGAUUUUUAGGCUUUGCUCCCACAAACAGUCAUUUCUGCUACGAGGCAAGACUGCCACAGUGAACGUGUGUGCGGCCAGAAUCUUAGGCAUCACCCCACCUACAGCCCAGCCUGGCCAGCUGUGCAAGGCCAUGUUGCAGCGCAGGGUUCUUUUUCUGAAGGCUCAGUAGGUAUUCAUUGUAGUUGCUGGCCUGUUCUUCUGUCAGUGUCAGUAGUACCUCCAAAGCCAGAGCUCUCCUGAUUCUCCCCCCACCCCCCAGAGAAGUCUUAGAGUCAUCAAAGAGAAGCCACAUAGAGGCUUCUAGAAAUGUAUCCAGCAGGGAACUCCAAUGGAAUUUUGUUAAAAAUCCUCAGUGGUUGGGAGAGAGGAAGCUGGCUCUGAUGGCAGGGGCUUCCUGCAUAAAACACUGACCUGGAAAGUGGCUUCCAUCUUCCCAGCUUGGCCAGAAGUUUGGAGGGAAGAGAGCUUAGGAUCCCAAUCUCAUCCUGGCUUGAAGGAUAUUCUGUCUUAGGGAUGACUUGGGGGUGUAUCUGAAGAUCAUUUAAAAUUAAAAUAUCAAUAAAUAAAUCUUUAAAAAAUAAAUUAAGAAAUAAAAUUAAAAUCUACCAUU